UGUGACCAGUUAAUUUUCCUGUGCUAAUUGCUUUACUUUUUUUUCCCCCGAUAUGCGCGGUGAUUGGUAUUUUCUCUCCGUGAAAAACCUUUCAUAACGGAAAUGUACAAUGGUUGCUGUGUGGUGCGUCAUCAUUUAGUUUUUUGGUUACUGGAUGUUCCGGAGAUCUUGCACAAUCACUCUUUGCGCGGAACUACGUGGUAGCCGGUGAGAUGGACCGCACGUGCUGGUGGUGCCUUGCAGCCUUCCUCGUGUUGUGUUCCUUCGCGGCCCUCCUCGAAGCGGCUCCAAGGGGCAAGAAUGGGACCAUCAUCAGAAGCCGGAGUAGGGGCAAAUCGUUCAGUUUCCUGCGUAAACAAAGCAGCGAUGUCAACCGCCUCCUGACUGGCGAUCGGACGACCUGUCAGUUCGGCGGGAAGCUGUACAGUCACGGAGGCAACGUGUCCAGGAGCGACCCCUGCGAGAAGUGUCUCUGUUUCCGCGGUGAAGUGAUCUGCUGGGAUUUGCAGUGUCCCAGCUACGGUCCCAGACCCAACUGCAGGGAAGUCAAGGUUCCGGACAUCUGCUGUCCGGUCCUAGAGUGUGACGUUCAAUUUUCGCCGACAACCAAGAAGCCCCCAAAGGAGGUUCGCUUUUCCUUCACAAGCAGCACUGAAACCUACGAAGAGCAGAUGGAUUGCGAAGUGGACGGCGAAGUCUACAAGCCACAGGAGGUCAUCCCGUCGGCGUCCGGGCCAUGCAUGGAAUGCCGGUGCGGUGACCGGGCCCAGAUGAAGUGCACUCCCAGACCCUGCCAGCACCAGUACACGCCGCUCGCGGUGUCCGAAAGCUCGGAACUUCGGCAGCCGGUUCGCAUAGUGUCCAGUGCGGCUUACCGACGUCGAAGCUUCCACUGAUCGCUCUAAUCCUGCAGAGACUGCUUUGCGAACGCUGCCUACAAGCUUCGUCAAUAGAGGCUUUUAGUAAAUUGUUUCGGCGACUCUGACGAUGAUAACCGAUACUCCUCCGAAACGCUCGAGCACACUUCAUCGGAUCGCUAUCGUAGGUAUCGGAACGAUCUACUAAAACUCCCUAAAACUUGUUUGUUGAAAUCGGUGACGGAACCGGUCCAAGUGAACAAAUGUAAAGUGUGCCGGCAUUCGAACGUUCCAGCGACUGUGAGGUCGGAGUCCUGCUGCUCGUACAUCAUAUAAAAGACAGCCUUAAAACGCGAGCCACCGCGAGAUCCGUGCUUCGAAUGCGGCAUGGCAAUGAGUUCAAGGAGAAACUGGUGCCACGCGGCAUUCGAACCACGGAUCUCGUGGUGACUCGUGUUUGCAGAUUUUCUUUUGUACGAUGUGUGAGCAGUGUGAGCCCGGCUCAAGGGGCGGUGUCGUUCACCCAAUUGAAUAAGUAAGACGCAAGAAUUUGCAGCGCCAAAAGCUGAAACCGCAGGUACAACUAUUUAAGGGUAUGGUUAAUUAAAGGUGCAUAAUGAAUGCAAACAGCCCAAGAUAUAUCUGACUAUAGUAACAGAAUCAUGAACUCGCCGCUAUGAAGAGAAGGCUUUUUUGAAAUUUGAUUAGAUACGAAGUAGUGGAGAUUAUCUGGAAAGAAGUCACGGUGCCAGGUUUUAAAUGUAGUUGGAAAUGCUUGCUUGUGUAUGAAGCGUGAAUGGCAAGAUGGUAUUUGGAGAGCAGGCCAUAUGUUUAGGCACCAAUACUUCAGGUGAUGCGUCCCACGUAAUAAACGCGAGGAUUUUGGUCCGAAAGUGGAGCGGAGUUUCCCGAUGACCAAAAAUUUAGUUGUGUAAAAAAGAAAUGCUUACAGAUUUCUAGUGAUUCCUCUACCCUCACCCUGCAAAAUGCGUAGCUUAUAGGAAUGACUACAAGCUUAGGACGUGAUUGGUGGCACGGUUCAAGCGCGCAAAACCUAAAUUUCAACCCCCCCCCCCCCACACACACACACACACACACACACUCCCCCAAGUUGACGUGCCGGGUCAUCAACGCAUAGAAAAGAAAUUCGUUGCAGUGAGACGCCUGUCACAUCACCCCUUGCAGCAGUACGUUCGAAAUCCGCAGGGUGGCAACUGUGUCGCUGUAACGUGGGAAUAUACAACGUGUCUUUAAUGUCACGCGUAUUAAUGCGAACAUCUGUGUGUUGUGCAGUAGCAAGAGGUAAACGUUAGUUAUCACUCUUUAUUGUUUCGAGAAAAUGACCUUGUGACAUCUUAAUGUGACUGUGUAUGGCAGUCAAGUUGACGCCUCAUUUUAUAAAAGGGGUCGAGCAUUCUUCGAUAAAGAUUGUAGGAAGUGUUUAGUCAUGCCCAUAUCUUCUUGAACUGCUUUCGACCACUGUUGUGUGCUUUUUGCUUUGGAGUGGGAAAUUAAAACCGUGGUAGACUGAGGAAGUAUGAGAGAAGCCAGUGAAUGACUACAGUAGAAGUAAAAAGUGAUCAAAAUGUGGAUUAUGGUGUAAUUGAUAAUGGCGCUUCCGCACGUUUUGUUUUAAUGCAAGACAAAGAAAUGGAUGGCAAGAAAGGCAGGCUGUGGUUGCCAAAUGCAAUGUUUUUGUUCUUCCAAAGUGUUUCUGAGAAGUGCUAUUUAUGGUUCAUAUAAACACAGCAAUAUUGUACACAAUAAAUGAAAUGCAAUCAUUUCUGUAACUAAUUUCGCAGUUUCUUAAUUUUGCAAUCUCAUUAAACAGGGAAAUCUGUUUCCUUGCUGAAAUGUUAUG